UUCAGAUCGCCAACAUCUAAUUAAUAAUGUCACUCAUUUCAAAGACUAAAGAAGAAAAAAGAACCCAAAACUUUCUGCUGCGAAAGAAAAAGAUGGACAUCAAUUCAAGAAUCACUAUCCCAGAGGUGCUUCUUAGCUCUAGCAGCCCGAGAAUGAAACUGCUGGGAAUGGGCACAGCAACUUUCCCGCGAGUGCCAUCGAAAGAAACCAAAGAAGCAAUUCUUGAAGCAAUUAAGAUUGGUUACAGACAUUUUGAUACAGCCUCACUUUACCAAACAGAAGAGCCACUUGGUCAAGCCAUAGCUGAAGCACUGUCUAUUGGCCUAAUUAAAUCAAGAAAGGAACUCUUUAUCACAUCAAAGCUUUGGUCCAGUGAUGCUCAUAGUCAUCUGUUUCUUACUGCCCUUCAAAAAAGUCUCUGGGCUCUUCAAUUGGAUUAUAUUGAUCUUUAUCUCAUUCAUUUGCCUGUAAGUUGUAAACCGGGGAUCUAUGAGUUUCCAGUACAGAGAGAAGAUUUUUUGCCUAUGGAUUUUAAAGGGGUAUGGACAGCAAUGGAGGAGUGUCAAAAACUGGGGUUUACCAAAUCAAUUGGCUGGGAAAGCUGUUGGGAUGGUGAAAAGGUAGAGAUAAACCCACUAUGGCAACAAAAGUUAAUGGAGUUCUGUAAGGGCAACGGAAUCACGUUGACUGCUUAUGCAGCUGUAGGAGCCGGAGGAACCAUUUGGGGUAGCAACAGAGUUAUGGAGAAUGAAGUGCUCAACAAGAUUGCAAAGGCCAAAGGAGUAACUGUUGCUCAGGUACUCUUUGCUUCUUGUUAUUUCUUUCAAUUGCUUGUUUUUUUUUUUUUUUUGACAUUUCUUUCAAUUGCUUGUUGUUACUCGUUAAACUAUAAUAUUGUAUUCUAAUUGGCCCGUAGGAUAGGAAUUUGAAUAAUUUGUAUGCAAUUCUUAUUUAAUUUAAUUAAUAGACCUCAUUUAUUCAAUAAAUUUAAAAUGGAAAGCUGAAAUACAACAAGGGCCAAGUUUCAAAAAUAAAAUUGUAAAUCCUGAAUUUGUAGUGUACUCCAAUCCUUGCAAGAAACCUAGAAUGGCUGCAACCAAUGCAUUUCACAAAAUUUUCAGUUAUGCCUUAGAUGU